AUGGCAAUGAUCAGGCAAUUAGGCAAACCUACACUUUUCUUAACAGUAUCUGCAGGUGAAAAGAUUUGGCCAGAAUUAUUACAGUGUUUAAGUACAUUAAAUAUGAACAAAACAAUUUCGAUUGAAGAGGCAUUACAUUUAGAUGACGCAGAAAAAUCAGAAUUAGUUACGCGAGAUCCAGUAACCUGUGCGCGGUACUCCGAUUACAAAGAAAAUAAAUUACUAUUACUUUUAAACAGGGAUAACAGUGUUUUUGAUGAAUAUUUAAUUGAAGAUAGUUAUGAACGGGUAGAGUUUCAAGUACGUGGAUCUCCGCAUGAGCACAUUUUUUUUUGGAUUAAAGAUGCGCCCAUAUAUGAUCCAACCAACUGCGAAAGCGUAAAAGAAUGUAUUCAAUUUAUAGAUAGAUUUAUAGCUUGUAAAUAUGAUAAAAAUGAUGUUUUUAUGACAGUUCAACGUCAUAGACAUACUCAUACAUGUUACAAAGGUACAAAAAGUAAAAUGAAAUGUCGAUUUAAUUUUCCACAGCCUAUUAUGAAUAGGACAAUGAUUUUGGAUCCGUUAAAUAAUGAUGAUAAGAGUGAUAAAAUUGGAAAAACUUUGUCUGAAAUUCGAAAUUUAAUGUUAUAUUUUUCAAAAAAACAAGAACUUGUUUCUUUUGAAGAUAUUUUAAUAAAAUUAAAAAUAACAGAAGACCAGUAUAUUGUAGCUUUAAGAAGUUCAUUAAAAAGACCACAAGUAUUUUUAAAACGUAGUAGUUUAGAAGUAAAUAUUAAUUGCUAUAAUAAAACCAUAUUACAUUUAUUUGAGGCUAACAUAGACGUACAGUUCGUUUUAGAAGUAUAUGGAAUAGCAUCGUACAUAAUUAACUAUGUUGGAAAAGUAGAUGCUGGUCUGUCUAAACUUUUACGUGAUGCCGAAUCUGAUGUUAACAGUGGUAAUAUCAAUGUAAAAGAAAAAUUUCGAAAAAUAACUAACAUAUUUUUGAAUAAUAAUUUAAUGUGGGCACAAGAAGCGGCAUAUCACGUUUUAUCGUUGCCAUUGUCAAAAAGCAGUAGGCAAACAAUUUAUAUUAACACAAGUCCAAUAAAUGAACGCGCCUUAAUGUUAAAAAGUCCGACUGAAUUACGAAAGUUGAAUUCUGAAUCGAAUGAAAUAUUCAUGGAUAACGUCGUAACAAAAUAUGUCAAUAGACCGCCAACACUAGAAAAAACAUGUUUAGCAGAUUUUGUUUCUAGUUAUUCAAAACGAAAAAUUCAAAGUAAUGGCAAUGAUGAUGAAUUAAUUGAAUACCGACCAAAAGAAAAAGUUGCAAUUAUUAGAUACAGACGGUAUAAGUUAGAUCAAGACUCGUUCAAUUAUUAUCGCAAACAAAUUCUGUUAUUUUUAGCCUGGAGAAAUGAAGCUUAUGAAGUAGAAAAUGUGGAUACGGAAAACGUUUACCUUGAUAAUAUAGAAAUAAUCGAACACAAUCGACAAAAAUAUUCGAUUAUAGGAGAUGAUGUAUUAGAUAGAGCUUUAGAAAAUGUUCAGAAUGAAAUUCAGCACGUACAAGAUGAAGAAAUUAAUAGUUUCUUAGCUGAAGAAUUACCUGGCCACCAGCAAAUUGAUAUUUUACAACAAGAUGGAAAAGAAAUUUGUAAAGAUAAAUUUUACAAUCGUUUUAUAUGCCCUAAACGAGUAUCACCUAAAGAACUGUUAAAUAUAAUGUCGAAGUUGAAUAAUUUGCAACGAGACUUUGUGAUGCACGUGUUGAAUAGUUUCAAAAGACACAAAUUACCAUUAAAAAUAUUUUUAAGCGGUUCGGCUGGAGUUGGGAAAUCGACAAUAAUUAAAUGCAUUUACCAAAUGAUUACUAAUUACCACGACAAUUUACCUGGUUCUGAGAAAGAUAAAUUAGCUGUUUUAUUAUGUGCCCCUUCUGGUAAAGCUGCCUUUUUAAUAAAUGGAAUAACAUUACUCACUGCUUUUGCUCUACCCGUAGUACAGUUUGGUGGCCGAAUGCCUGAACUAUCUGCUGAUUUAGCAAAUAAUAUUAGAGAAAAAUUGUUCCAUUUAAAAUUAUUAAUUAUAGAUGAGAUUUCAAUGGUAGGUAGUACACUUUUAAGUCGUGUAGAUACCAGAUUGCGACAAAUACGAAGAAUAAAUAAGCCUUUUGGUGACUUAUCAGUUAUUGUAGUUGAUGAUUUGAAUCAGUUACCACCUGUAAUGGAUUCACCUAUUUAUAAAAUAGGUGAAUCCAUUACAGGUGAAUGA